AGUGGACCGCGGCGGCGUGCAGGAGGGCCGCGGCAAUGGCUGCACAGCCGGAACUGAAGAUCAACGCGGCCUUUGCUGCGCGUUACGGGCGGUACCGGCGGCGGGAGGAGCUGCAGCGGCUGCAGGAUCGAUAUGGGGCUACAGGCGAGGAGGAGGAGGAGGAGGAGUCCAGUUCCGGAUCGGAGUCCAGUGAGGAGGCGGAGGAGGAACUUGACUCCAAACUGGAUCGUGCUUUUUACUGCACACUGGCCUUGCUGAAAACCAAGGACCCCCGGAUUUAUCAGAAGGAUGUCACCUUCUACAGCAAGGAAAAUUCCUCUUCAGCCAGUGACAGCGAGGAGGCACCUAUAAAGAAGAAGAAAAAGCCUAUGUUUUUGAAGGAUUAUGAGAGGAAGGUCAUUCUGGAAAAGGCAGGCAAAUAUGAGGAUGAAGAUGAUGAUGAGGGAGUAGCAGUUAAAAACCAAAAGAGCUAUGUUGAAGAACAGAAGCAGCUUAAGGAGAGCUUCCAGAAGUUUGUGGCAGACAGUGAUGAUGAAGAGGGCGAAGGUGGCAGCUCAUCAACCUUGCUGCACAAACGGGCCAAAACUAAAGAAGAGACGGAGCAUGAGGAGGCCGACUACAUCAGCUGGUUGAAAGGUCAGCAGAAGUCACAGGCAGAGGAGGAGCUUCACGACCUGGUGCCCCUUAAAGAAUACUGGAAUGACCCAAAACUGGAUGAAGGGGAACGGUUCUUGCGGGAUUACAUCCUGAACAAGCGCUACAAGGAGGCAGGUGAUCGAGAGGAGGAGGAGGAGGAGGAGGAAGGGCUACCUGAGGUGCAGCUGGACGUAUCAGACUCUUCUGACGAGGGCGAGCUGUUCCUGAAGAAGCAAGAGGAUUUUGAGCGCAAGUACAACUUCCGCUUUGAGGAGCCUGAGGCCCAAUUGGUGAAUACCUUCCCCCGCAACAUUGCAACUUCAGUGCGCCGGAAGGAUGAGCGCCGCAAAGAGAAGCGCCAGGAGACCCGGGAGCGCAAGAGGAAAGAGAGGGAGCACAAGCAGGAGGAGUUGAAGCAACUGAAGAACCUGAAACGCCGGGAGAUUCUGGAACGACUGCAGAAGCUGCACGGGGUCACGGGCGCCGCCCGCAGCACCUUCCAGGAGGGGGAUCUCGAAGGGGACUUUGACCCUGCGCAUCAUGACCAGCUCAUGGAGAAAUUCUUUGGGGAUGAGUAUUAUGGAGUUGGUGAGGAAGAGAAACCGCAGUUUGAGACAGAGGAUGGAAUUGAUGAUGAAUGGAAUUGGGAUAAGUGGACAGGAAGGGAUGGUGCUGAAGCAGAAGCCGACACGUGGCUGCAGCAGGAGGACGAGUACCAGCUCCACUGUGAUGAUCCUGGUUUUGUGAUGGAUGCAGAUUAUGACCCCGCCCAGCUGCCUGGCCCAUCGAAGAAGAAACGGAAGCUGGAGGCCCCCCUUCUGGGCAAGAAGAAGCACAAGUCGCGUUUUGCAGAGGCCAUCAGUCAUGAGAAGGAACCCUUUGACCCCGAGACAAAGACGUUUGAGCAGUACCUGGAUGAGUUCUACCACCUGGACUAUGAGGAUCUGAUAGGGGACCUGCCCUGUCGUUUCAAGUACCGCACCGUUGUCCCAUGCAGCUAUGGGCUCUCCACCGAGGAGAUUUUGACAGCCGAUGACAAGGAGCUAAAUCGCUGGUGUUCUCUGCGGAAGACCUGCAUGUACAGGUCCGAGAAGGAGGAACUGCGGGACAAGACAGCCUACAAGCAGAAAGGCCAGAAUGCUUGGAAGAAGAAGCAGAUUCUCAAAUCCCUUCAGGCAGAGAUGGAAGAAGUAGAAGAGGUCAAGAAAGCUCCAGGAAAGAAAGGAAAGAAGGGCAGAGAGGAGGCCAAGCCCCAGGACCUGCUUCCUAAAGAGAUGCACCGAGCUAGCCCUGGGCAUGAGGAGGAAGGGCUCCUGCUUCCCAAGGGCGCCAGCAGCGUUGAAUCCAUCCAAGCCACAAGCAAGGCCUCGGAGGGUGCUGCCUCGGAGGGGCCUCGUGCCCCCUGUCCCAGCGCCCGGAAACCGAAGAGGAGGGGCAGAAAGGGGCAGGUGCUGGGCACCAAGGUGCGGGUAGGGGGCGCCGAGUUCAGCCGCCAGCGACUCCAAGCUUAUGGCCUCAAUCCCAAGCGACUGCGCUUCCGCCAACUGCUUCGUGAGAAGGGGCGGCGGAAGAAGAACUCGGAGGGCCUCAGACAGACUCCGCGGGGCCAGGACCGCAAGGGAGCUCAGGCCUGAGCCAUUGUGCUGCCUCUUUUUUCUUCUUUGGGUCUUCAGAGCACAGCCCAGUUGAGCUGCACAAUGCUACUUUGAUACCCGCCUCCUUUCCUCCAGGUGGGACCUGUUGCUUCAGCUACGGGGCGGUAUAAUAAAUGAAAAUACGAACAGCAGUCCUUAGGUAGUGCUGUAACCUGGUUCCUAUGCGUCACGCUCUGGGCCCCUUUUCUCUCGUGGGAUGUUCUUUCGACUUCUUUAUAGAAUCCACCCCACUUUAGCACACUUGCCCCUCUUUGUGUUUCUGUGUUGGUUCAAGCACUUUUCGCUUGUCCUCUAAGCCCUUGAGUCAGGGCCUGCCACACUGACGGCUCCGGUGCAAGCUUUUUCCGAGAAAGCCCCCCUUUCUUCAUUCGCUUCUUACCCAGCAUCUGUUGCAUUCCAUUGUGUUCUGUGUUGUCCUUUGAUGUUUCUUCACAUCCGAUUUGUCGUAUGUUUUUUGCAAUAAAAUUCAUUUCGAGCUCCA